CCCUAGACGAUUUACCAGACAAUCUUAAUAUAUAAGGACGUUUGCGAGGACUAUUCAAACUCCCUGUAAUAUAGAGCUCAAAGUGAUACGGUCCUUUCAUUCAACGAACAUUCAACUAAGUCUAGAACAUGAUAUAGUGUCUAUCCCAAUAACUCAGUAUCUGUCUCUCAAUCUUUCUAGAUGAUCCAUAACGAUCAUAUUCGAUAUCCAAAACGAAUAUAUCUUUGCAUUAUUUUGAAACCAGCGCCUGAGCCUGAAGAAGUUGAGAGCUUCUCUCCCUAAACCUUACACGGUUUAGGCUCUUCUUCUCACGGAUUUCACCAUUUCCGUUCGAUUCUCUUGGUUUGAGCUUGGAUUCCGGCCAUAAUACCUCCUCCUUUCUCUUGGUUGUAUUAUUCCCGGAGUUUGAGCUUCUUUUUGGGAGUUUUGAGCUAAGAACGAACUUUUUCCUCAUCGCUAACACUGUUCACCGAAGAAGGUCAACGCCUCCACACGUCGCUCCUCUUGCUCAAACUUGGAUUUGGAGGUUGUUCUAGCUUCGCCUAGGAGUGGGGAUUAACUUUCUACAACUUUUUUCAUCAUCAAGAAACUUUGGAUUUUCGUCAUCUUCCCCAACGGUCACAAACUCCAUUGGUACGGAUUUCUAGCUCAUGUUUUCUUUUGAGGGGGUUGCUGCCGUCUAGCUUCCCCUUCUUCUAGCAAUGGUUACCAAGAAGAAGAAAGAAACUCCUCUCCCCUUGAAGGCUUCUUCUCGGCUUAAGGCCAAAGCCCAAGGGAAGGAAAUCGAUGAAGCGGUCGAGGAACUCGCACAACAACAACUAACUACGGCAACUACUUCCAAAGAUGCUACAAUAUCUCUUACUUCGGAUUCUUUGCAAACCGAGGUAAUUCCCAACACCUUUGAUGAUAUUGUUGAUAAUGCAAGUGUGACCGAGGUUGUUGAUGGAAUGGAGGAUAAUAUUUCGAUUGAUGGCUCAAUUGAUCCAAUUGAAACUUUAAGUGUUGAAGAAGAACGAGAAUACAUUGUUGACCCUUCGGUGAAGGAUAUUUUGGACCAAGAACACAUUGAUUCCUUGGUUGUGUCUAAUGCCGAACCUGACCCGGACAUUGCAAUUGUUAACACAAUGGCCGCGGCAUCUACUACACCAAUUGAUGAGGCACCUACUUCUCAUGCCGCGACAUCCACUCUUGCACCUACUACUCAUGCCGCGGCAUCUCCUCCGAAUGCUAAUGGGACAUCAAAAUGGGGUCAGCCCGGGACUAAGCCUUCCUUUGUCUCACUCUUCAAGGAUAAUAGGCAACCUGACAAAGGCAUGAAACUACACUACAUCGAGCCUAAAGGAGACAUCAUUGAUCUUACUACCCGGAACCUAUCUUCCAUGGUGCAAAUUUGGGGACAUUGUCUUGUUGCCUAUUUUGAUGGAAGGUUCCCCGGGUUGACAAAAAUCCAUGCUAUGACCCAAAAAUGGGGUGUACCGUGUAGAGUCAGGUCUCAUGACAAGGGUUGGGUCAUAUUCAAGUUCCAAAAUGAUGAAGAUCGAUCAAAAGUUCUUAUGGAAGGCCCCUACUCCUUGUUUGGGAAAACCUUCCAUCUAAAACCUCUUUCCGAGGACUUUUCCAUUGAUGAUGAAGAAUUCUUGAAAGUUCCCAUUUGGGUCCAAUUUCCUCACCUACCAAUGAGAAUUUGGGAGGAGGAAAUCAUAAGUGAAGUUGCCUCAAGAGUUGGAGUUCCAUUGACCACGGAUAGGGUUACUCUUGAAAAAGCAAGGUCCUCCUUUGCACGAGUCCUAAUAGAGGUGGAUGCUUCCAAGGCCCCCCCUCUCUUGAUUCCUAUUCGGCUACCAAAUGGGAGGCUACACAAACAAAGGGUGAGGUACGAAACCUUUCCAAACUAUUGCUUUCAUUGCAAGUGUUUCGGUCACCAUGCUUUCACUUGCAAGGUUAUUGCCCAAAUUGAAAAAGAAGAAAUGGAGAUUGCAAGGAAGAAAAAUGUGCUUGAGACCGAGGAGGAGGAAGUUGAGGUGGGAACCAAUCCAACAAUUGAAGAGCCCGUGACUAACAUUGGUAUUGAACAUGAUAAAGGGAAAGAGAAGCUUGUCAAUGAUUAUGAGGCCCCAAAAAUUGAUCAUCCUUUCUUCAAGAAGUUACGGUUCUCCAAGAAUAGCAAAAAGAAACCAAGAAGAGGGGAGAUAACCACAUCUUCACUCCUAGACGACCAAACUGAUUUGCAAACCUCUCGGGUGGUUAGAAACUUUCAUGAUGUAUACCAAGAUGAGGUGAUCUUUGAUAUGGAUCCGGAUGAGUACCUUACACCUACUAUUAAGGUGAAACAAAUUGACGAAAUGGAUAAAGAAGCUACCAUAAUCAAGAUUGACCACAACCUUAAGGUGGUCAAUGAUAAUGAACCCGGUAUGUUCUUUACCAAAGAUUGCUUGGAAGGUCUCCCUGAAAUUACUCACACCAAGGAAGGCUAUACUUAUGGCUCGGUAUUCAUGAGGAGUGUUUAUAGACAUUUCCUAUGUAGAUUCUUCGAAGAUGGUUGCCCUAGGGGAAAUGCUUGCAAAGUGAAGAACCCAAAGAAGAUGGAUCUUACCAAAAGCCGUGUGAUCUAUGAUAUUAGGGAAGCAUAUCUUGAUGACGUUAUUACUAAACUUGGGGUGGACCAAGAUAAUCGGCCAUGCAUCCAUGUCUCGCAUGUUGAUGAAGUCAAGGAGGGGAUGACAAGAUUGGACAACUAUUUGAAUGUAACACAAGAUGGCCAAACCAUGGGGCUGAAUUUUACUACUCUUUGCCUUAAAAAGCUGCCGGGAGUCAUUGCUAACGAGGAGGGGUAUGAGUUCACCUCUUUCUUUGUUCAAUAUAUAUAUGAUUUCCUUUUUCUUGCUAGGUACAAACCGAGGGGCAAAACAGUGGACAACGAGGCCAAAAAGGCCAAAAAGGGGAGAUCUUUCUAAUCCUUUUUAUGUUUUUAGCAGCAUGGAAUGUCCGAGGCCUUAAUAAGGUGAGGAAUUGGACUCCUAUGUGGAUUGAUGGAUUGCAUGCGAUUGAGAGCGAAUUAGAAGAUGCCUUAGUCAAAUUUAGUCUUGAAAUAAACACUUAUUUUUUUCUUUUUGGUUUUAGUUGCCUGUGCAUCCGGUUGAGAGAUGACCGGGUGUGGCGGUAACACCCAUUUCCUAUUUUAGACUUCCACUGUAAUUCUUCAACUCUUUGAUGAAUGAAUAAAGUAUUCCUUUGAAU